AUGAAAGAGAAGAACAGCAGAAGGAAUAAUCUUGGUGGUGGCGGACAAAGGGAAGGAAGUCAAAAGCGAAGCGACGGUGGCAACAAUCAUACCGGCAGUGCUUUCAGCGGCGGAUUGGAUAAUGCCGUCAAAAACGGGCUCGGUAACGGCGUCGCCCAGAGUUACGAGAACACCUCCGACAACGGCCCUGGCGACGGCUUGGGCCCCCACUUUGACGACAGCUGCGACGUUGGUUGCAACCCUGUCGAGGAUUCCAUGGACGCAUCGAAGCCUAUCCAAGUUGGCGGACAACUUAAUGGAAGUAAAAAUGAAGGAGUAAUUAACCUGGACAGCGGGCAGGAGGUAUAUUACGUCGAGGGUAGCGAGGACGCUGUGAACAAUCUUGAUGAAGAAAAAAAAGGGGCCGAGGGGAGAAGGCUAACAGGUGAGAGAGGCGCCGUGGGGGGAGAAAAACACAGCCUGUGCAAUGAAGUGGUAGACAGAGACAAAUGCGCAAAGGAGUCGAACCGCCAUAAUUGCGAAGCUCCUGUGGAGGGGUUAUGCAUGGAUAGUGAAGUACCGGAUGAGAAUUUGGGCCAGUUGUUUAUCCAAAGCCUUAAAGGAGAUCACUGCAACGGCAGCAGUGGCAGCGGCGAUCGCCCCGUGGAGGGCGAGACCUCCGCAGUUGUCGUUAGCGGCGUCGGCCAUACCCCUAACUGCAUGGGUUUCCCCCCCAAGGAGCGCCCGCAGUUCCGAGUGCAAAGCGCGGAGGUAGUGAAGUUGCAAAAAAAGGGAAAAGGCAAAUUUAUUAGCGGGGAAACGAAUCUCAAGAGCGGCAACGAUGAAAAAAAGGAAGAAGUGGUUGUGUCCCUCGGGAAUAACCCCAGUGUGUUCAAUCCCGAGGCUGACAUAGGGAUGAGCAAAGUGGGGAGGAGAAAGGGGAAACGGGAGCAGACUGCAAGCAGUGCAAAGAUGGAGGAUGAAGGUGCCUUACGGUUUGUCCCCGUGGGGUGCAACGUGAAAGAGUACAGCAAUGGUAACAUCAAUGGUAACAGCAAUGGUAACAGCAAUGGUAACAUCAAUGGUAACAGCACUGGUAACAAGAACGGUAACAGCAAUGGUAACAGUAAUGGUAACAGCCGAGCCAACACCGGCCAGCACAGCGGAGCCAACAGCGGCGGCGACAGUAACGUCAAUGGCGGCGGCCAGUUUGGAAAAAACCUAAUGAUCAAGGCAGGCGCAAGGAAGAGCCGGAAGAUGCGCAAGGGGAAGGUAAAAACGAAGAAAAAAAUCAUACGAAAGAAGAAGUCCAAGUGCACCCUGAAAGGGAACUCCGCAAGUAGCCGAUUCAAGUAUGAGACAACACACGCAAGAAACGGAAAGUUAAAAAAUGAGAAGAAGAAUUACCUAAAGGACGAGCGAUACUAUAACAACAACGGCGACAGCAGGGCUGCGUCUGGUAGCGGAGUUAUACACGAUAUAAGUAACAAAUUUUCUAAUAUCAAAAUCAGCAAACAUUUUUUUUUAAAAAUGGAUGACGAUGAUGAAGAGGAGGACUACGACGAGGUAGACCAAGUGGAAGGCGUCAAGGAGGGGGAAAAGGACGAUGCGCGCUCAAGUAGGCAAAGUUCCAUGUCUCUGAACUUAUCGAAAAAGGAUUUCCGAAAAAAAAUUAUCAUCCUGGACGAGCGUGCCAAUUGGGGGAGAGGAACCAUCGGCCAUGUAGGCAGCAGCAGUGGUAAGGGUGAUGGGUCAUCUGGGGCAGGAGGAUCCUCCUCCAGUGGAGCUCACCCCACCAAUGAAAGAAGCGAUAACCACGGUAACGAAGGAGGAAGUGACCCAAAGAGCCAAAACAAAGUGAUGAAGAAAAUUUUAACAAGCGAAGAAAGUUUAACUCUCCUAAACAACGUGAAAGAAAUAAACAUGAAGAGAUUCAAUUUCGAUGACAUCAUUUCCAACAAAGAUUCUCUAAUGGAACAGUUCAUGUUGUACAAUCUGUUUUCCUAUGACAUCACUAUACUUAAGGGCCCCCUGAAAUUUAUGUAUACCUACUGCUUGUUUAAAAAUUUAAGAUUGUAUUACCAGAUUCAGGACAAAACUGUGUACAUUGAUGAGAAGGUCAUUCCAAACUGUCGCAUUAAGGACAACCUAAUCGAUACUCACUCGAUAAUCCUUAACAUGUACAACACUUACUGCAAACAUCUGAAUCGGAAUAAGAUUCCCAUCGAUGAUUUUAUUAAUUUGAAUUAUUUUAAUAUUCAUAAUGUGAAAUUUGCGAAGAAAAAUGUGCAACACAAUAAAAGCUAUGAUGAUAACAUUUUGCCGGAGAAGGAUAACAGGAAGAUCAGCUCUAUGUACAAAUUCAGAUCUUACCUUUAUUCCAAUCACUCCAAUGAUGAGAAGGACUCCCCUGGGAAACUUGUGGCUGUGGAUUCACAAAAGAAAGACCUCCUUAAGGUGGAAAAAGGGGGGAAUGUCCCACUUGUGACAGGGAAUGAGAAUAAGAAGGGGAGAAUCUCUCGGGGGGGAUCCAACGCGGAGAUUCCUCCAGAGCAGUUCAGUGCGAUACAGAAGGAUUCCUCGAAGGAUUACCUGCAUCUCUGCAAGGAUGCCGCCCCUGUAACGUGCAAGGUAGAGAAGGAUGCCCCGUGCGCUUCGCAACAUUUUCCGCAAGAAAGUCAAGUCACUGACAGGAGAGCCGACUCGAAGCAGAUCGAUCGGAGGGUCCUGAUCAAUGAAGCUACCAAGCGGGAGGCGGAGCUAUGCGGGGAAGAAGUGGAAAAAGUGGAAAAAGUGGAAAAAGUGAAAGACGUGGCAGAAGUGAAAGACGUGGAAGAAGUAGGACAAGUGAAUGAAGCGGGGGUAAACGAGGUGGGUGACGACCCCCUAACCGCGCAGAAGGGGCGCAAGAGGAAGAUGCUGAUGGGGGGCAGCAAAGAUGAGGCGUCUGACUGUGCGAGUAAGAAACAGAGGGGACGCGAAGCUGAUGUGGGGGAGGGCGCCAAGGGGAAUCAGGACGUGCAUUGCGGAAAUGUCGCUUUACGAGCAUAUGGGGAGACGCACCAAGUGGGAAGUGAGUCCAGCCACGCGACGUUGCCCCUAUGCCAGGUGAAGAAAGAAAUACCUGGCAUGCUGGAGUCUGCGGAGAGCCCCAAAUGUGAAGAGGCGGCCACCGUAGUGGCCCGCAUAAAAGAUGAAGAGGAAGAAGAAGAGGCGACUGAAGGGGAAAGCUACAGCUCCCUGGUGAUCCCCGUUGAUGGGGGCGCCGAAGCUGGAAGAGUGGUAAUAAAAAGCGAGCAAGGGGUGAAGGAGGAACACGUGACAACAGACGGGAACAGGAAGCACUUAACAAACAAAUACAACGAAUCGAUCACAAGGGGGUGCAUCGAAGCAGAGGGAUGCAUGGAAGCAGCAGGAGGCAUCGAAUCAACGGGAGAGUCCCAAAAGAGACUGAUGCUGCGAAACAGAAAUAUCAAGGAGGAAAAGGCAAUAAAGAAUAACAAGCUGGGGAGGCCCUGCAAACAAAGCGGCUCGUCCAAUGUGCCAAUCAAAAGAGGAAGGAAAAAAUUUUUCUGUAACAAUAAUCUGUCCCUUAUGAAAAAUAGACGAAGGAAAAGAGGACGUAUCACUCCAAGGAAGACAAAGAGGAAGACGGAGGAUAGAGGAACCAGGGGACGUGAAUACCAUUUUAAGGAAGAAGAUUCAGACUCUGGUGAGUACACAGAAUAUGGGGAGGAUGUUAGUGAGCUGGAAAAUGUGAACGUGAUGCUGUUGGAGAGGAUAAAGAAUAAUUACAAAAUGAUAAUGGAGAAUGCUAAGUUGAAUAGGAAGAAGAACCAGGAGAAAAUGAUGUUGAUGAGAGGAGGUGCUGGUGCCUCCGCCGCUACUGCUGGAGGUCCUUCUCGAAGGGUGGAUAACUGCGCGGGAAAUGACGGUCGGCUUCCUGAAGGGAGCAGCAAUGGGAUCGGUAUAGGGGGAAACGGGCCAAGCGGAUCAAACGGGGAAAGCGGUCCAAUCGGGGCACGCAGAGCAGGCAGGGGAGGCGGACCAAACGGCUAUAGCUCCUCUGUGAACAAUAAGAUAAGUGGAAAUCACGAUGUUGGUGCUAACAAAGAUGAGAAAGUGAGCGGAGGUAAGCAGGCCGGACUUCUAGAGGGGGACGCAACGGGGAUUUACAAACGUAACAACAACGAAAUGUCGGAGAAGGAAAAGAAGUAUAUGCUUUCAGUUAACUUGAUAUACAAUAACAAUUUUAACAUCCUAGAUAUCAAGGUGAAUACCCAUUUUUCACACAACUACCACAUAUCGCUAUUCUUCCUCUGUAAGUACACGUCCUAUAAUCUGUUUCUGCAUCCGAUUAAUAAGAACGAGCACAUCGUCUCGUCGGUAAUUUUGAAUUCGAAAAAUGAAGUGCUGACGGAUAAUGGGAACUUCUUUGUGCUGAGAUAUUUACUCUCCUUUCUGAGCAAUAAAAUUUCAAGCCUGAGGAAGUGCUAUGCGAAUGCACUGUACAACUCGUACCUGCUGCAAAUGCCGAUACGAAUCUUUCGGCACAAUAAUUUGAAGACCAAGUACAGUCCCAACUAUGGCAUUCGGUACGAUGGGAUAUACAAGAUUGUGAAUGCUUUCACCUGCAAUGAUUAUUCUACAUCGGAGUAUAAGAGGGACAUCCUGUAUGUUUUUAAGAGGCUGUAUGUGGACAAGUGCUUUAUCCCACGGAAGUGCUCUUUUUAUGAAAAUCAGUGCGAGAGGAAGAAGUACCUAAUUGAAAAGAACUCCGUCUCGAUUAACGUCUUCUUGAAUAGCGAAAUGAUUAUGACUUUGACUAUCCCAUAUCUGAAGAAUUACAAAUCGACUACCUUCAUGAAUUUUAAUCACAUCUACAGGUUCAUUCGGAGCAGGUGCAUCAAGGAGAAGCUGGCUUGCCAGUGGGUCCGUGGCGAUGUGCGCAUGUACGAGGCGUGCAAGCGGAAGCUGCGUGAGGAGGAGACCCUUCGACGGUCAGCUUCCCCCGAGGGGGGCGAAUCGGGGCAGACUACAUACGAAGUGGACGGUCACCCGAGGAACGCCCCCAUGGGGGGUGGCACCCUUGCCCCCCCAACUGGGACAGGAGGCUCAGACACGUUCCCCUUCUGGUGUCGCGGGAAGUACCUCCCACUGGUGCUGGUCCUAGAGACGCUAAACUUCCAAAAGGAGAUUAAUGAGAACCAACGAAUUAGAACGAAAAAUUUAAAAAAUAUGGAAAUAUCCAUCCGUAAGACGGAGAUCCCAAUAAACUGCGAAAUGGCAAAGAGGCCAGCCCAUCUGUUCAUCCCAAUCAAAAGCAAAGAAGCGAUAGCAGCGCAUAUCGAAUUGAAGAGGCCAUUCGAGGAUACAUGGAAUCCAUAUGAAGAUCUGUCAGCUGGAAGGGAAAGAUUUAAAAUUCCAGUAGAGAACUCAGUGGAUGAUUCCCUCCCCCCCAUGAAUUUUACCUAUGUCAGUAAGACCCUCUUCUUUUCCAGACUGCCUCCAUACAAUCUGUUGCCACUCUGUUCAGGGUGCGCACCACAGAAUUAUAGCAAAAAGGAAUUUGAUGAAAUAUAUAUCAACGGGUAUUGCAAAGCGUUGCGGCAUAAACGAACGAACAAAAUUUACUGCGAUGGAAAUAAGAGCUACGACAUUAACGACUUUAAUGUGCUGGCUGCCUGCUCGGGGAACUGUCUGUGUGACCCUUUAAAAUGCACCAAUCAAUUUCCUGAGGGAUUACACUACCCUGUGAAGGUGGUCAAAACGCGCGACAUCGGAUGGGACAUCGUUUCCUCCUCUUACAUAAAAGCGAAUUCUCUAAUUAUGCAUUACGUUGGAGAAAUAACCACCAGGAAAGAAAUGAUUUCUAGAGAGCACGAAUACGACAAGAAAGGGUAUUUCAAUUACUUCAUCGAGACGGCAGAGGUGGAUGAGACUUAUAAUGACGACUGGAAGAUCCCGUGCAUUGACGCGCUCUUCAUUUCGAACGUAGCUCGGUUUUUAAACCACUCGUGCGAGCCGAAUGUGAACGUGAUUACCAUAUGGCGCGGCGACAAUUACCCCUCCGUCGGCAUCUUUGCCUCCAAGGACAUCAAGCCGGAUGAGCCCCUCAAGUAUCACUACGGCAUUAACUACAAGAACAUCAAGUGCAUGUGCAAUUCGAAGAAGUGCAAGGGGUACAUCGGGUGA